AUGAAGAGCAACCUUCUCUCCUCACUUUCACUCCCACUUCUUGUAAUAAUCCUCCUCAAUUACAUUGCAACUGAGUCUCAGGCUCUAUCACUGGCAACAGCAGGUGACAGAAACAUUACUGCAAUCCUUGAAAAAGCUGGUCCAUUUAGCAACCUAAUCCGGCUACUCAAGGCCACCCAAAUGGAUGACAGGAUCAACACACAGCUCAACAAGUCAAACCAGGGUUUGACAAUAUUUGCACCCUCCGAUGACGGCUUUUCUGGCCUUGCAACUGGCACUCUAAACUCCCUGACAUACCAGCAGCAGGUCCAGCUGGCACAGUUCCACGUACUCACCUCAUACAUCUCUUCCACACAGUUCCAAACUGCGACCAAUCCUCUUCACACGGAGGCUGGUGAUAGUACUGAUGGGCAGUUUCCCUUGAAUAUCACCACAUCCAAUGGUCAAGUAAACCUUACUUCAGGGGUUGUUAACGCCACAGUGGGUAACUCUGUGUACACUGAUGGCCACCUUGCUGUGUACCAAGUGGACCAUGUGCUGCUUCCACAGCAGAUUUUUGCUGUUGCAGCCCCUGCCCCAGCCCCUGCUCCUGUUCCUGCUCUGGCUCCUGCACCAUCCAAAAGUAACCCUUCAGUUGAAGCUUCUGGUGCAGUGCCUUUGGGCUGGAAUUCAAUCAUUUGGUUUGGAGGUGCACUGCUUGCAGCAUUUUCCAUGUGGUGA